UCUCUGUGUACACAUAUAACCCUAUGUACCUUACUGUAGUCUGAGCUCUCGCCAAACCGUCAGUAGAUGGUGGUAAUUCCCAAUGAAACAAAGGGUGAAUUCUGAAAAAGUGGGCGAACAUAUCUAUUUGGAUUCUUGUUAUGAAGCAAACACAAUUUCCCCACACUUGAGUUUAAUACAUUCGGAGAAGCUCAAUUUUGCAAUGGCAAGUUGACAUUUCUGCAUAGCAUCAUGAUACCUGACGGAAUAGCAUCAAAAACAAUGGCAUAUUGCUGAGGUCCAACUGGGAACUGAAAACAAUCCAAAAAGUCUGCAUACGACAUGAGGUGCCAGUUGCGUUUAAAAAGUUGGGACACAAAAAUGAUAUUAUUUUGCACGCAAUUGUCCAAAAACGGCGCCCGUAUUUCGCUCAGGAAACUUGUCUGUAAAGCGAAGCAGUAGAACCCAGAAAAAAGUACCAGCAGAUAGUCUGGGUGCGCUUAAUAUAAAAUUCUGUGUGCCCGCCCGGAGCGCAAGAGGGAGCUGUUCAUUUAUUGUUAUUAGUAUUUUUAAACCAUUACAUUCAGAACAACGAUACAACAUCCAGCGUAAAACGGGGGGAGUGUCAACGUCUUCUAAUGCUAAAAGACAACGAGCUAUAUUAGUACCAUCUAAAGAAAAAUAUGGAAUUUUCCCUCUUCCAAAAUAACACUGCGGAGAAAUAUCACAAGCUAUUACAAUGUUAUCGGAGAUUGAAUGUGAAUAAACCUAUGAAAUGUACAUAUGUCUCCAAAUCUUGCCGAACCAUCAACAACAUUAGAGGGUCACAGAACAAACAAGUUGCUAUUAUUCAUUUGUUUGUCUUGUCUAGUGUUCGUCGUCAUCCAAACCGGCCGCUCGCUGUGUAUACUUUUCAAACGCACUUCUAGACACGUCCGCGUCACGUGGGAGAGGUCUCCUUCCGUUCCGCCCUCCGACUCCUCAUGUGACGUCGGCACUCGGCAGUCACCUGAUUGACCGCUAACCGAGUUCGCGCCACUACACCGGCGGCAGAGCUUUCGGGCGACAUUUUAGGGAUGCCAAUCUGCCUGCUCGCCUUCCUUUUUUUCCCCACAACAUUUUGAUAACCCUAACCGAGCGGUGGGCUGCGCUGCCAUUAUCUGCGAUAGACGCCAGCCAGUCCGAUCCGUACGCAGCGAUCGUUGGUCGUCAAUAACGGCCAAUGAGUUCCGCUCAUAAAACCAACGUUAAAGCGUCCUUGUUAUUGUCUACAUUUCCCAUAAUUCCGUGGGCCGAGCCCAAGACACUGCGCAUGCGCUUCUCGUCGGGGUCGGGCCCAUGAUUUGGUCCUGAAGCGACUCAAGCAGGUCUCUGUCUUCGUGAAAUGGAUUAACAAGAGCAAACGCGGGAGGGCUGAUUUUUCCUCUUCGCCCGCCGCCACGGACAUACAUGGAGUUUGUCGGCCGUUAGCUGUGCGUGGCGUGGCGUGUCGCAGGGCCGUCGGUUGGCUAACCUCCGACCGAAGACGCCGCUCUUUCGGAGUGACAGACGGACGGCCCUGUUAAAAGUCGCAGUAGGCUGGCUACUAGGCUAGGCUAGGCUAGGCUAGGCCGGCUCCCUUUGGCUAGCCACCUCAGCUCGCUUACUCGCAGGGAGGGGAACACAAAGGCGCAAAACACCUACUGAAGAGGUUGAUACCCCUGGAAAAGAAGAGAUGGCUCAUCUUCGAGACAUGCAAAACCAGAACUCCCGUUUGGAUCCCGAGGAGUACUUCACCAAACUAGAGCGCAUCGGCAAAGGCUCCUUCGGCGAGGUCUACAAAGGCAUCAACGACCGCACCAAGGAGGUGGUGGCCAUUAAAAUCAUCGAUUUGGAGGAGGCCGAGGAUGAAAUAGAAGACAUCCAGCAGGAGAUCACGGUCUUAAGUCAGUGCGAUAGUCCCUUCGUCACCAAGUAUUACGGCUCUUACCUCAAGGGAACCAAGCUGUGGAUUAUCAUGGAGUAUUUAGGUGGCGGAUCUGCUCUGGAUUUGUUGCGCCCGGGACCUCUGGAAGAGACCUAUAUCGCUACCAUACUACGGGAAAUCCUCAAGGGCUUGGAGUAUUUGCAUUCGGAAAGGAAGAUUCACAGAGAUAUCAAAGCCGCCAACGUGCUGUUGUCCGAGCAGGGCGAAGUCAAGUUGGCGGAUUUCGGCGUGGCCGGACAGUUGACCGACACGCAGAUUAAGAGGAACACCUUCGUGGGCACGCCCUUCUGGAUGGCGCCGGAGGUCAUCAAGCAGUCGGCGUACGACUUCAAGGCGGACAUUUGGUCCCUGGGAAUCACCGCCAUCGAGCUGGCCAAAGGCGAACCCCCCAACUCGGACCUGCAUCCCAUGCGGGUCCUCUUCCUCAUUCCCAAAAACACUCCGCCCGCCCUGGAAGGAGCCUACAGCAAAGCGUUCAAGGAGUUCGUGGAGGCCUGUCUGAAUAAAGACCCGCGUUUCAGGCCGACGGCCAAAGAGCUGCUGAAGCACAAGUUCGUCGCCCGCUACACCAAGAAGACGGCCUACCUGACGGAGCUCGUCGACCGCUACCGCCGCUGGAAGUCGGAAGGACACGGGGAGGAGUCCGGCUCCGACGACUCGGAUAUGGACGCCGACGGCGAUGUGGAUUCCUGCCCCGUCUGGACUUUCCCCACAGUCAGACCCAACUCUUUGAACAAAUUACAGAAGGGCUACGCGCGUACGGGCUCGGAGGCAGAAGAUUGUGUCAAGAGGCAACCCAAGUCGCAGUGCUUGUCUGCCUUGGUCACGCCCAUCUUUAGAGAGCUGAAGGAGAAGCGGCGAGCGAGCGGCGCCGGGGCCAUGGAGGAGCUGGAGAACGCCUUCGACCUGGCGGAGGAAUCCUGUCCGGGGAUCUCCGACCGCCUGGUCGCGCACAUGAUGGAGAGGGUGUGCCGGUUUGCGCUAAACGGUAACACGGCGCCGUCGUCGCGACGAUAGCCCGAGACCGUCGAAUGAAGAAAGGACCUCGGCGGCCUCCCGUUUCUUGUCCCGAGAGAUCUUUUAUGUAGUUAUGAAAUAUUUUUACAGUUUAAGAAGGAGAGUAUUUAAGACCAAAAAAAAAAAGCCUGCUUGACUGAAAAGGUGUCAUAAAUGGAAUGAAAAAAAAGGACUAUGGCUCUUAUUUUCCAACAGAAACCAAAUCUUUGAUGUCCUAGUAUAAAUUGACAGUUGCCCAGUGGAAUGGGAACUCCCUGAAAAAGAAAUAAGGGACACCCACCCGAUUGAUAGAGCUGGCCGGCCCUUUAUCUUUUUUGUAUGCGAAAAGUUCAUUUUACUCUAAACAGAAUUACGUAUAGACCCCACUCACCAACGUCACACAAUGACGUGUCGCUGUAUCCGGCCGCCAUAUUGUCCGUCAUUGUUUAUCCGUAUUCUCAAUGGUUUCAAUUUGUCGUGCAAUUCCAUGGAAGCCCCGGUGCUUUCAGACGCUGUAAACUCAUUGGAUGCCUUGCAUAAAAGGCGUUAUGUGGAAAAGCCAUUCGCCAGAUCCAUAUUUGAUGCCUAAAUGGAUAUUUUUCGACCCGCUGUCUUCGCCCUCUCUGCCUGACAUCUGCAACCCUGAUAUCUACAACUAUCUUGUCCACACAAAAUCAGCCUAUUCUCACGAAACUUUGAAAAACUUUAAGAGCGGCACUCUAAGCAACAGUGUGACCCUUUACUUUCAAUUUCCUAAAAUGGCGACAAUCAAUAAAAAAAAGUUGACUGCGAUGGCCGACACUGCAAGGAUAGGUGGAUAUUGGACUAUUUCUUCAAUAAAAUUGUCUGCCUCAUUUGCAAAGAGACAGUCGCUGUUUUCAAAGAGUUCGAUGUGACGCGAUAUUACCAAACGACACGCUGACAUGUACGACAUUACAGGGAAGAUACGCAGCGUGCAAUUAAAGCAACUUGAAGCUAGUUUAAUUUCACAGCAGCAGUAUUUCGGAAGAGCCCGAGGGUCGAAAGAGAACGCCACAAUGGCGAGAUUGUUAAAAUUAUGAAUUAAAAAAAAAAAUGAAAGCAAAUGUGACACACAGAAGGGCUUGUGAAAAAUUGCUUAAAUAUAUUGUUCUACGUAAAUCAGCCAAGGUAGCCCCCCUCAUUUUUACCACACCAAAUCUGGCCCCCUUUGCAAAAAGUUUGGACACCCGUUUAACCGAUGCUCCGUACACGAGGCCAGCUUCUUUCACUUGGUACCAGCUUAAUAUUAUUCAAAAAAUAAUGAUGGCGGAAGAAAUAAACAUCUUGAAUUUGAAACUGUAUGUUGUCGGCGAUUAUCCUCGCAAUGAUCUUAAUUGUGCUUGUCAGCCCAAAACCCUCUAAAUAUAUAUUAAAUGCAUCUUACCAGAUAUAAAAUGAUCAUUUGGAGCCCAUUUUUCUCGUCGAAUUGCAGCAGUCCAUCUCGCUCUCCUCUCCGGGUCUCUCGGAAUACGGUAGAACUUCAAGUCUCUCCGUCUAUCUUCUCUGUUAUUGCAACCGACCGCCACACACGCCUUCACCAUUUUGAUUAUUAAUGUUAACGAGCAGAAAAACACGCCUUAAUAGGAGGAAUUUACGUAGCGGUAAUGCGUCAACACGACGAGUAGACGGACAAUAUGGCUCGGAGGUGUGGUUGUGACGUCAUGUGAGUGGGGUCUAUAUGGCAAAAAACACUCAGGUGACUCCAAGUUCCACUCUGAGACCCAAUUUCCCCAACUUUCAAAAUUGAUAUGCAAAGCUAUAAAUCUCCAAUUUUCUGGGGGGAAGAACAUUUUUGAAGAGGAGGGCAUUUAAAAAAAAAAAAACCCUAACUUGAGGUGAGAGCCUAAAGAGACCACGAAACUGCUAUGGCAGCAAAUAGACAUAUUGGUCGAUCAAACACAAGUUUUUUUGGCUUAAAAUACAGCAGUUUAUUUUAAAGAGGGGUGCCAGAGCAGAAACGGCUUUUUCAGCCUUUUGCCAUAUAGGCACAUGGAAAACCACUACGUUUAAUAUAUGUACUAGAAUUAAAUGUCCUGCUAAAUUUAAAAUGUGUUUGAAGUCUGAUCAGCAAUAUUUUUGCAAAUGAUCACUCCAAAUACAAAUAGACCACAAAAAUAUAAUUAUGGAAAAUACGUGUACUUUAGUUUCUGAAAACCAGAGGAUUGCAUUUUACAAGGGACAGUUGGCAACCCAACUGUUUUUUUUUCUUCUUCUUUUGGACAGGUCACCGUUUUUAUUUUUUUAAAUGACCCCUCCUGACACUAAUAAUCAUGAAAAAAAAAAAGGUUUGUUCAAACUGUAAGCCUUCUUCUUUUAGCUCCCCUUUCUAGCACAUGCCUGAAAGAAACUUAUUAUACAUCAGUGACAACAUUUGGUGCUUUAAUAUUGGAUUUAAAAACAACAGCUCUAAGAGGAAUGUCAGGAUCUUCCACUUGGCACCGGAAGAAUGAAUUCAUUGCAACUAGCAUUUUGCCAAAAAGAAGCCAAGGCUAAGAUGAUUUGGUCAUCAUGUGGAAGAAAUAAAAGUGAGGAUAUAUAUAUACUUCUUCAUAACACUGUUUGAAUAUACUUCUGGAUAUACGGCGGCAAUCCCCGCGCCGUCCGAGCGUCGCCGGCCGGCCGCCUGCCUCGGUCGAGACAAAAGUGGCGUCGGAGGCGAGCGCCGUCCGAGCCGGUUCCGUCGCAGUCUUUUCAGACGUCUCCUUCUCCGUCGCCCUGCUUCUGCAUCUGGGCUUGCAUUUUGGCAAUCAUCUCCUGCAUUCGCCUCAACUGCAAGAAAACGCACGUUCGGUCGGCACCUCGUAGUCAUACGGCGCCGGCGCGCUCACCUCGGCCUCCUUCUCCUGUAGAAUCAUGUCCUUGUCCAUUUCUUCUGGUUCCGGUCCUUUUCUGCAGCGGUCAAACAUAGGGCACGCUUACUAUAUAGCACAUUCUCACUUACUUAGAGGGUGUGAGGUGAGGUUUCUACUGGAUGUGAAAAGAAGCUCAGUGGGUUAGUCGAGUUGCUUUCUAAAGGAAGGCGGGCGGGCGCUGAACCCAGCUACCAAAAGUCAAAGCAGAAGACGUGAGAGAAAAAGCGGGACCUCCCCCACUUGGAGUUGAGAAAACCACUAACCGUACCUCCGACGGUCCACGAUAGUCCCGGAUCGCUUGGAGAGAAAAGGACUCGUUUGCGCGAUGGUGAAAAGCUGACGUGAUCAGGGGCAGAACACGGACCAAUUCCUUUUCAAUUACGCUCGGUCCUGAGAAUGCGCCCGCUAGAAUCACCUUUUUCUAAAAAGUUUACCUUACAGACAUGAACAAAAUCUAGCACGGCGUAAGCAGACACAGUCAGACACUAUAAAAAUGUAUCGCUGGGCUCUCUAGUGUCAGAUCUUUAGGUGGUUUUGAGCCAUUGUUAAUGAGAAAAAAAAAAUGCUACAUUUGUAUCAUUUUUGGAUUCUGUGGUGCGGGCGGGGGGAGGCAAGCGACAGACAGGAAGUACGUACGCAGGGGAGAGAGGCAGAACGUAACCGCGGGAGGACAACCUGCCGCUGCGUUUCAGGCGAUCCGAGCGGAAGUUCUCGUAGUGGAGGUCCUGGGUCACCUCCUGGAGAUCCUGCAUGUGCGUUCUGUCCGGGCGGCGGCAGGACGAGGGUUAGGCUCGCGUACGGCCGCUCGCCGAUCGUUCGGCGGGACUCACAUGAGCAUGGUGCGCAGCUUGAGGAAGUCGUUGUGCUCGGGGUUCUCCACCUCCACCACCCCCCAAGGGUACAGGCGGCCCCGCACCUUCUUCCCCUUGGCUUCGAUCUGCUGGUUGGAGCCCACCACCGCAAAAGGGAUGCUGGCCUGGAAACGGCGCACGGGGGAUGGGACGGAGCCGAGCCGAGCCGGGAACGGCCGGAGGCUUUACCUUGAGGAUCCUGGUCUGCUCCUUGAAGUCUUCGUCCUCGUCGGACUCGGCGUCCGGCAGGUGGUAAAUCUUGAUGCCGUGCUCGUCGAUUUCGUCCAGGAUCUGAGACGGUCGAAAAACGCGCCGGCGGGUAAACUCGCCGCCGAAACGUUCGGGCGCCGACGGGUAAACUCGCCGGCUACGGAAACGUUCGGGCGCCCGUCGCCGUCCGUCUCGCUCACCCUGCGCUUUAGCCGCUCUCUCUCUCGGAGCGUCAGCGUGUCCGCCUUGGCGAUGACGGGGACCACGUUGACCUUAUUGUGGAUGGCCUUCAUGAACUGGACGUCCAACGGUUUCAAGCUGCCCGGCGGGGGUCGCGGAGAAAAAUGAGCUCCGACGCGGCGCCAAUCCGGACCGGGCCGACUCACCCGUGACCGAGCGGCGAGAUGAAAUAGAAACAGCAGUGAACUCUGUUGUCCACGAUGUGCCGGCGGUUCAGACCGCUCUCGUCGUGGAGGUAGCGCUCGAACUGGUCGUCGAUGUAGCUGAUGAUGGUGCUGAAACUGAGAGGAAAGGUCAACGGCGGCGUUCCAAGCUAUGAAAAAAAAAAAAAAAAAAACCUUCCUACCAGUCCUGGCUGUUGAUGGCGUCGCCGUAUCCAGGCGUGUCGACCACGGUGAGACGCAGCUUGACGCCCCGCUCCUCGAUUUCCACGGUGGACGCCUCGAUCUGAACAGUCCUUUCGAUCUUCUCUGAUCGGGAAGGAAAGAAGCCCGAGUAUGGCGAGCGUGGCGCGGCGGCUAGCUAGCGUCGCUCCGGUAAGCUACCUGCCGCUCCUGGGAUGAUUCUCUCCGGGUAAAGGUCAGUUAGGAACAGGCUAUUGAUCAGGGUGGAUUUUCCCAGUCCGGAUUCACCUUUUGCCAAAAAAACAAUACAAAUGAGUCUUUUUUUUUUUGGUGAGGUGGUGAUUUCUGAACCGUGAAAGCAACGAUACUAAUUUUGACAUUACCCUUAUGCGUUCCGAGAGCUGUCGGAGCACAUCGUUCGCUUGCGGAAGUACGAGGAGUUGAAAUUCAACCCUAGCGCACCUUUGUUGCGUGAAAGAAGCCACGUGAGCUUGCUCACCCUAGACUAGGCAACUCUGCUCCUGGAGAGCCCCUAUCCAGCUGGUUUUCCUCCUUUACCACACCCGAAUCAAAUGAUCGGCGGGAGCCGAUAACGAUCGGUCGGAGACGAGCCAGAUAGGGGCUCCGGAGGACCGGACUCGGGUACCCCCGCCCUAGCCGAAUCUGACCGAAAAGAAUGCGGUCUACGCGAGAAAUACGUUUGAAAAUAAAAAUUGCACUGAAGCCAAAGUCACGGUUUUAGCGAGGUGCGGAAUGGCGCGCGGCCCGUCCGGCGUUAGAAAUGGUUCCUGCAUUGUGAGCCGCGUUUUUCUCCGAGUUGAUUUGAAGGCAAAAAGGACGGGCUCCUCGCCCGCCGAGCGUCGGGAGUUCGGAACACGGCUCGACGACUAGAACCCGAGGGCUACGGCGAGGUGCGGGAGGACGCGUCGGGCCGCUUUGGAAGAGUAACGGGCGCUAAGAACGGCGGCGACGUGACCGAACCGAACUCACCGACGACCAUCAGGGUGAACUCGAAGCCUUUUUUAACAGACUUGCGAUGAACCUGAUUGGGGAGGUUGGCGAAUCCCACGUAGCCCGGCGUCUCGGGGUUGGUGAACUGACCCUGCUGCCGGUACAAAAAAAAAAAAAAAAUGCCAGAAAAUCGACUUUUCAAGAGGAGAGAAAUUACAAUGACAUCUCGGCGGCUUACCUUCAUUUUGUCACCGUGAGACAUGACGCACCUGACAGAGGGACAGACGUCAGUCACGAUCGGUGAAAUACAGGGAGGCCAAACUCACCGCGUCGAUAAAUUCUACUCGGAACGGUAGUCGUCGGGGCCACGGAGACGACCAAUAAUCGACCAUCCGAUAAACGCGACGCCAUCUUCAUCGUCUAUUCGUCGUUUAAAGACAAGGUCAAAAGGGGGCGUCUCCUCCUCGUGAGCCUCUUGAUACUCAAUAUUUUCUUUUCAAAAACCAUUUUUUCAUCAAAAAUGUGAUUAAAAAAAAACUAUUUUGUAAGUAAAACAAAAAACACCCAUUAAAUAAAAAAAAAACGUUUUUCUUACGUCAAAAAACAAAACGUGUAAAUAUUUUUUUACUUCUGUAGUCUUCAUUGAAAGAUGAUCAUUGCACAAUCUAUUGCCCAGAGUAAUAUACAGUGACGGAAAACAAGAAGAAAUUGAAGUUGAAAUUGGAUGGGGUGGAAAAUGGAAUGAUUUGACAGUUCUGGUUCCAAUAUAUUGUCACGCGUGAGAGCUUGCUUAAGCCUUACGAGCGUGAGAGACAGGAAGUCCGCUUCGCUUUGGGCUCAAAUGUCAGAAAAAGAAAGAAGAAGAAGAAGAAAAAAAAAAAACGAGCCCGCUUGUGAUAUGCGACGUCUACUAAGAGUCAAAGCGACGUCUAGCCGACUUUUUCCGAGUCCAAAAAGACAAGACGGCCACGUCGACGAUCGAGCCGCUUUUGGCAACAAACGGAAAUUGUGGAAUCAUUGCAGAAAAGUGCAGUCGUGCAACUCGUGGGUUUCUUUGCGCAUUUUAGUAGUGGCCAUGAAUAUUUCGGAGUAUAUUCGAAUCAUGCCAUUUCUGAGGAAAGUAUGGAAUCGGGACUUUUCUAGACUGCUUUUCUGUACGAAUCAUCUGACGCUCAAUAGAGACAUUCAAAAUGGGAUUCUCUGCCCGUUCGAAAGUGCGUGCGUGCGUGCGGGGGGAAUCGAGGCUAACGGGAGAGAGACACUGAAGUGGGUAGGUAUGGAUGGUGACGUCCUCGACAAAAUCAUUCCUUUUCAAUCACGCCGUAAAGUUAGCGGUGAAGCCCAAAGCAAAAAUCAAAGCGCGAUCGAGAAACCACUCACUCGCCCAUUCGCUUCAGAAUCCUCAAUGCUAGUUUUAGCCGAACAGCUAAGGCGAGGCGAGUCCCAUUUCUCUGAUUUUCAAAUGACCAACUGCUAGAAUAUCAGGCGAGAGUUACCUUAAGGAAGGAAAAGCCGAUGCGAUGCGAUGCGAUGAGUUGGAAACAAAGAUGAGCACAAAACGACGACGGCGGGCAAAA